AACCCUAACACAUUAUCCCUCUUCACAUCCUCGAAGCUUAGAGUGCAAAUGGGGAAAGCAGAAUGCAGCUUUGAGGUGACAGAGAACAGCGCCGCUAUGGAGGCACCUCUGGACGACGCAGAUCGACGGUGGUGGUGUCCGGCUGUUGCAAACAACUAUGGAUUGAAGGUGGUUUAGAGAAGUUGAAUCAUUGCUGUCCAAAAUGGCUUUUCAGUCACUCUUUUCCAAGUAUAGAAUCCUACCCUCUUUCCUCACUCUUGUCCAACACAAGCCCAGCUACCAUCGCUUUUGCUCUUUCCAUGGUCCAUUAUUACCAGACCUUGUGAAUGAUAUAUCUCGUUUACUCAGCGAUCACCGAUACCCUCACCAUGAUUUAGAACUUUCUCUCAAUCCAUUUUCAGAACAAAUAUCCUCAAAUUUGGUUGAACAGGUCUUGAAGAGGUGCAAGAAUCUUGGCUUCUCAGCCCACCGAUUUUUUCUUUGGGCUAAAUCAAUUCCAGGUUUUCACCACAGUGUUACGAGCUUCCACAUUUUGGUCGAAAUCUUGGGAAGUUGCAAGGAGUUUGCCAUACUCUGGGAUUUUCUCAUAGAAAUGAGAGACUCUUGUCAUUAUGAAAUCAACAAUGAAAUUUUCUGGCGCAUUUUCAAGGCAUAUAGCCGAGCUAAUUUGCCUGAUGGUGCAAUUCGGUCUUUCAAUAGAAUGAUUGAAUUUGGAAUUAAGCCAACUAUUCAUGAUGUUGAUAAGCUUUUGUACAUUUUAUGCAAAAGGAAGCACGUCAAGCAGGCUCAACAAUUUUUUGAUCAAGCUAAGAGUCGUUUCUCAUUAACUGCUAAAACUUACAGUAUUUUGAUAAGUGGAUGGGGUGACAUUGGUGAUUCAGAGAAAGCCUGUGAGCUGUUUCAAGCAAUGCUUGAACAUGGAUGUCCAGUGGACUUGCUUGUCUAUAACAAUUUAUUAAAGGCUCUUUGCAAAGGAGGUCGUGUGGAUGAAGCUAAAAAUACUUUUCAUGAUAUGUUGUCAAAAGGAGUUGAACCAGAUGCUUUUACUUAUUCAAUAUUCAUUCACUCAUAUUGUGAUGCAAAUGAUGUGCAAUCAGCUUUCAGGGUUCUUGAUAAAAUGAGAAGGUACAACCUUUUGCCUAAUGUUUUUACAUACAAUUGUAUUAUAAAACGACUUUGUAAGAACGAACACGUGGAAGAAGCUUAUCAAUUGUUGGAUGAAAUGAUUUCAAGAGGAGUAAAACCAGACACUUGGAGUUAUAAUGCAAUACAAGCUUACCAUUGUGACCAUUGUGAGGUCAAUAGGGCCCUAAGGUUAAUGUUUAGAAUGGAAAAAGAUAACUGUCUUCCUGAUCGCCAUACAUAUAACAUGGUGCUCAAAUUGCUGAUUAGGAUAGGAAGGUUUGAUAAGGUGACUGAAGUUUGGGAGAACAUGGGGGGCAAAAUUUUUUAUCCUUCCGUCUCUACAUAUUCUGUCAUGAUUCAUGGAUUUUGUAAGAAGAAGGGAAAGCUAGAGGAGGCAUGUAAGUAUUUUGAAAUAAUGAUUGAUGAAGGAAUACCACCUUAUGUUGCUACUGUUGAGUUGCUGAGGAAUCGGCUCUUGGGUUUAGGGUUUCUAGAUCACAUUGAAAUACUGGCUGAUAAGAUGAGGCAGAGCACUUCCUGUGCAAUUCAAGAAUUGGCAAAUAUUAUGAUUGUCAAUAGAACAACUCGUAAUACUUUGAGACGAGACGAGAUGUACACAGAAAGUGACGAGGAUGUGACCAUUUGUUUCUGAUAAUACUUUCUCAUCAAGCUAAUUUGACAAAUAUGUGGAGGCAAGCAUUUCAUUACAGUUAAGCACAUAAUGAAGCUGCUACAUCUGGUUUCCUGAUGCAUUUUAGGCUACUGACAUUAUUAUAAUUCUUUGAUGUCAUAUUUAUGACAUAUUUCAGAAGCAAGUUAAUAUAAAGUUUAAAUCCCUGGAAAUUUUUAGGGACACCUCAGUUUCUGUAUCAUGAAGAAAUGACUGCCAUGCUGGUUUAGGAAGGCAGAGAAAUUGCAAGUUUUAUAGCUUGAAGAGUCAUAUCUUUUGGGAUAUAUCUUGUUCCGUAGACUAUAGUGUACUGUUUGAUUGGCAUGUCUCCUACGAAUUCCAUUUAAUAGACACCUACCAUUGUCACAGAUGGGUUUUGAUUGUAAUCAGGAUAAAAGUGACUGCUUUGUUUCAUUGAUUCAAACAUCAAACAGGUAAAGUUGUCUCAACUCUCGAGUUAUCUCUUCCCAUGUGUUUGUAUGGGUGUGGGUGAGAUUUAGCAUUAUGCAACUAAUUAUACAGUUAUAUAUAGGUUGUUGGCAUAUGUGAAUUUUUCAAACUUUUCAUUUCCCAAUGUUAGACCUGGGCAAAAACUCUAUCAGCCAAUCCGGUCCAAUUCCAUUUUAAAUCUUUUAAUGGAUUGGAAUUUUUACUCUGAUCUAAAAUUUAUACCUGUUUCAAGAUCCGAAAUCAUUCUCUUAUCAUAUGGAUUUUAAGUUGAAAACUGUAACCAAAAAAUGCAAUGCCUCGUAGCUUCACUCAUGCUACUCUUCGCCAAAACCGCUAACCAAAUCCUCAUCUCAAUCAUUGAAUCUGUGUAUUGUAGUUCUCUCUCAAUCUAAGGUAGUUUCGAUGAAACCUAACACUGAAAUUCGUAGCUUCCCUCUCUCUAUCGAACCUUUAUUCUUUGUUUCGUUCUUGCUCAAUUGCUGAAUCGUAGCUUAAUUUUCAAUCUAAGGUAGCUUUGAUGAACCCCAAUGCUUUGAUUCUCCUUGAUUUUGCAUCUCUGCAGGAAUUUUGGGGCAAGGUUGCUAGUGUUGGCACGAUUAUCUCCACAAUUUAGCUGUUGGCCAUCGAAGUCUUUUCACGCCUCUGUCGAUCUAGACCUGCAUUAUGGGAGGAAGAAACUCUUGAUGUUGUGCUCAUGUGGUGUUAGAGAUUUGUUGAAGUCUUGGAAGAUAAUCGUGACUGUGAAGUUAAAAGUUAAAAGUCAUUGCAAUAUUGUAAAUACGGAUGAUAUCUACGAGGUAGUUUCAUUUUAAGCUUUUGAUUGCAAUAAGUUUUCUAUUUUUAUUUGCUGUAUAACUUUUAGAUUUUUAAUUUUUUCAUGUUAUUAUUAACUAAAUAAUUACUAAAAAUAUUUUUAUU